CCAAGAUGGCGCUGCGCGCAGUGUGUACCGCUGCUCUGCGCUCUGGGACAGAUUUAGGGGUCAAUAAUGCCAGGACGUUUGUCACCACAGCAUUCCUCUGCAAGCGGAGACCUCCACUGGGUCCACUCCCAAAUCAAGACAUUGACGUUACGGACCUGGAGGCGCUAGAGAAGUACCGCAGCUACACUCUGUACCUCAAACAAGCGGAGGAAGCGAAAAACAAACCUGUGUGGUGGAAGUCUUACAAGGGCUACAUGGAAAAAAGUGACCCUGAACAUGGCGUGGAGAAAGUGGAUAUUGGCUUUCCGUUCAUUCGACCCAGCAGGACCAAAGAAUUGAGGGAGCGAAAGCAAGUAAUCAAAGACAACAAGAAGAAUGCUGAGCUGGAGAGGGCUCUGCGUUUGCGCACUUUUAAGAUCCCUCUGGAUCGGGUCCAGGAGACCUGGAUGAAGAUAAGUGGUCCAUAUCAAAUAAAGAGACUGGCAGAGCACUAUGGAGUCUUCACAGAUCUCUUCCCCACGGCCUACUUUAUACCUCAGGUGUCGCUACAUAUCUCUUAUAGCCAGGACACCAGUGGUCAGGUGCAUCAUGGAAACCGGCUGACGCCAACAGAGGCAGCGUCUGCUCCUCAGAUCACCUUUGACGCAGAGGAAGGCUCCCUGUGGACCCUCAUGCUCACAUGUCCAGAUGAGCAUCUUGUGGAUAACGAGGCAGAAUACAUCCACUGGCUCGUAGGGAACAUACCAGGUGGAGCGGUGCAGUCUGGAGAGGAGCUGUGCCACUACCUGCCGCCAUUUCCCGCCAAAGGAACAGGAUUCCACCGCUACGUUUACGUCCUCUUCAAGCAGGAGGCGCUUAUUGACUUCCAACAGGAUGUCAGGCCUUCACCGUGCCAUUCUCUGGCAGAUCGAACAUUCAAGACGAUGGAUUUCUACAGGAAGCAUCAGGACAACCUGACACCUGCAGGCCUGGCCUUCUUCCAGUGCCAGUGGGACGAAUCGGUCACCAACACCUUUCACAACACCCUCAACAUGAGGGAGCCUGUGUUCGAGUUCAUCCGUCCUCCAGUGUACCACCCUCCGCAGGUCAAAUACCCUCAUAAUCAGCCACUGCGCUACCUGGACAGAUACAGAGACGGGAAGCCGCACACCUUUGGAAUCUACUAGUCAAGCAAAAAAUUGAGGAAAAAUCCCCUAAACCGUUUUUCCCUAAUGUAGAAUUUUGGCAUAUUUAUGUUAAUGAUAAUAAAGAUUAUUUCUAAUGUGA